CACUUCUUUUCCUCGAUAGCUUUCUCCAUGCGCUGAAGCAUAGGCUAGCCAAAGUGCGCGCAACAUCUUGAGCGCGCUGAUGUCGGGCUCUAAGUAUGAGCCACUUGCGACUAGCGCUGCGGAGGUAGAAGAUGCAAAAGGGUACAAAGCGUUGUCGACGCCAGUGCAAAAUGCACCGGUCCGAGCGUCGGUUUGGUUGCUGCUGGGCAUUUGUGUGCUCUGGCUCACCGCCUCCAGCACCAUCAUCCUUGUUAAUAAGGUCAUCAUGGUGGACCUCGACUUCGGCUACCCCAUGGCAGUAGCCGCCAUGGGCAUGGGGUUUGCCAGCAUUGCCACGUGGGUUUGGUGCGACCUGCUGGGCAUGGUGCCGCCGCCCGACAACAUCACCACCACCUUCUGGCUGACGCGCGUGGUGCCUAUCGGCGCCAUCGGCGGUCUCACGCUGUGGCUGGGCAACACCAUGUACUUCUACCUGACAGUGGCGUUCAUUGAGAUGUCGCGUGCAUCCAUGCCCGUGCUCACCAUGUUUGCGCUGUGGGUGACAGGCAUGGAGUUCCCCACGCAGCAGGUGGUGGCGGCGGUCAGUGUGGUGGCGGUGGGGUCGGCCAUCGCGGCUUACGGCGAGAUCGCGCUGACGUUAUUUGGUGGGCUGCUGGCGGUGGCCAACCUGUCCAUGGAGAGUGUGCGCAUGGUGAUGACGCAGUUCCUGUUGGUGGGCUGCAACAUGCACCCGCUGCAGAGCCUGAAGCUGACUGCGCCCGCCACCACACUGACGCUGGUGGCCGGGUCGCUCAUUCGCGAGCUGCCCGACAUGCGGUCCAGCGGCGCCUUCGACAUAGUGCGCAAGUACCCGCUGCAGUUCCUCCUGGCCGCCUCCAUGGGCCUGGUGGUCAACAUCCUGGCGGUGCUCAUCAUAAAGAUGAGCAGCGCGACUACACUCAAGGUGCUAGCUGCCGUGCGCGGCCCCAUCGUGGUGCUGUUCGGCGUCAUGAUGUUUUCCGAGCACGUAUCGCUGCUCGAGUUCUUCGGCUACUCCAUUGCGCUGGCGGGAUUCGUGUGGUACCAGUUUGCCCUCAGCAACAAGUCCGGCAAGCCCACGCCAGGCGGCGGCCACGUGCACCACCACGCCGCCGCCGCCAGCACCGCAGCCGCCAAAGCGGCAGCGGCGCCGCUUCUCGGGGGCGCCGCAGACUUGGAGAAGGGCAUUGGCGGCGGCGCCGGCAUGCGCGCGGUCCGGACCGCGGCCGGCGGCGGCACCUCGCCGUCAAAGGAGUAAUUUGCGGAUGGGGUGGCGGUGGGAAGCUUGUUUGUGGUGCUGUGGAGGUGCAUGCGGGUUAGGUGCCGCAUGCCUGAGACCAACGGAUACGGAGUGGACUUGUGAGGGUGUGGUGCUGAGGAGGUGGUGGCGCCUGGAUUCGUAUGGACGGAGGGUGGGGACGGGCCGUGUGCCGGGCAGGCCAUUGUCGGCGUGGAAGUGGGCUGCCUGGCUGCCAGGAGCGAGGGCUGCCCGGUCCUGUUCGCCGAGUUAUUUGCUUGGUUGUAUAUGUGGUGCCCAGCGCGUAUAGAGUGAGAGGGAGGAUAUUCGUGCAUGGUUUAACAGAGAGAGGGCACAAAGGGAAGGAAAGAAGCAGGACGGCGCAUGCGACGCGGUGCACGAUGUGUGUUUCGUGCCGGCGUGGCGCCGGGGCAGAUCACUGAUUCGUUCAUGAGCUUUAUAGAUGCUUAGUUCCGCAUACACACUGUGCGUCCAGGUCUGGGGGGCCCUUCGGCUCAAUAGUUGGGCGGGCCUGUUGCUGUCAACAGCUGUCAACAGCUGGGGGCCCAAGUGCGGCGCUACAACGUGCAUGGAACGUUGGAGGUGCAUACAGGCUGGUGUAUAAGUUAUUUGCUAUCGAUUGACGAGUGUGACGGACAGGCGCAGGUCGGGGAUAAGGGGAUUGCUUUGCCCUGGCCUCCUGGUGACAAACCGCACAGCCGCGCUCGCCGGCAAAUACGGGAUUCUUGGAACCGGUGGGACGAAUUACAGAGGGACGAAUCACGGAGGGACGAAUCACAGGCGGGCAUGCCUCAUGGCCUCUCCCGGUCAUGCUGCGUUCCUCACGCUGUGUACGGUCUUGAGUCUUGACCUGAGAGGGGGGCGGGGUAUAAGGUAUUUACUAUCGAUUGACGAGUGUGACGGACAGGCGCAGGUUGGGGAUUGCUUAGAUAUGGGGCAACCACCAGCUCCUGGCCUCCUGGUGACAAACCGAACAGCCGCGCUCGCGCGGCAAAGGCGGGUUUCUUGGAACCGGUGGGACGGAUUACAGACGGACGAAUUACGGAGGGACGAAUCACGUCGACCAGUGUCACCACUUAACUGACUGGGGCAGAGCUCAGCCCAUCUCCCCCUGCCUACUGCGGUUGAUUACGCCGUGGUGUGGAACGGUAGCCACGUGCAUGUGUACCGUACAGGUAUCCCCCGAGGGAGAAGGGAAAGAUUGCAUUAGUUACGACAAUGACCAGGCGAUGCGCGUCGUGAGCCAUACUAAGGAGGUGGCGCAGGGCUGGGGCCUACAACCUUUCGGCGCGCAUUUCAGUGCGUGUGUGUGACCUGUGCGUGCCGCAGGCCGUCGGGCGGUCGGCGCUCGACCACGCUCUCCCACCGCACCGGCACCCGUGCAUGCAGGCCUCGGUGCAUCAAUAACAAGUGAUCGU